CACAAGGCAGGCUGCUAACCGAGAGGGCAGCAUGGCGGGUCUACAGGACUUCCAACAAGGCAGCCACUGUCACAGGAAAACGUGGAUCAAUAUACUAUUAGGAAUACUUCAAUUACUUUUACCCUGCGUGCAGCACGGAGGGGCUCAACUGCAAGCUCUGAGUCAGAUGUCCACCAGCGUGGUCGAGGUCUGGCAACCAGAGGAUGCAGAGCCAUUAGUCCCACUUCAGGUGGAGAAGGAGCGAAGAAAAGACGGUCUUCCACUGGAAGAAAGCUCCUCUCCAUAUACGCGGGAGAAUGGGAGGCCCUUACAUUUCCAGCCCCCAGCGUUGGAGUUUGGGACUCAGCCGCUGGGGCUGCCAAGAGCUGAAACCAUAAAUAUACACAACCCCAGCCAGGAAGUUCGUGUGACACUGCUGUCAAUGUUUACAUCCAGCAGUCAUUUUUACAUACCUUCCUUCAACACAAGAGAGAUCCCACCCAGAGGGAAGGCAUCUUUUAAACUAAUUUUCCUCCCGUCUGAGGAGGGCAAUGUAGAAAACACAUUAUUUAUAAACACAUCGGCCCAUGGGCUGCUGUCAUACCAGGUGUUUGGUGUGGGAGUUCACCGGGGUUCAUUAAAGUCUGUCCAAAGAAAGGAUAGUCUGCUAAUAUUCCCUCAAAUCCAGAGCAUUAAGCUGACCCAAACUCAGGAAGAUGCCUCCAACAUCACCAUACUGGGUCUACUCCUGGAGUGCAGCCUACCGAAGAGUUUGUACAACAACCCUCAGGGGUCCUGCUUCCAGAGUGAGGAGCGCCUCAGUCUGCAGAUUAAUCUGUCGGCGCGUGGAGACCGGCCCGCUGACCUGGACAAGCUCAAGCCUUACGUCAUUGAGCAUAUUUUGGUGCUGCUGGUGGCCCCCACUGUCGGACAGGCUGCAGUAGGGGAACCAAAAAUAGGAGUUUAUAUGUUAAAUUCUGGAGGGAAGAAGUUCUACGUAAAGGACAUGCAGGUGCUAUCAAAGGUGGAGGCGAGCCUGGAAUUAAAUCAGGUUCUUCUGAGGCCAGACGCAAAAAACUUCACAGAAGUGGCUACCCUCGCCUGCAGAAGUUCAUUGCCAGGCCAUGGAAGGAAAUGCAUAAGUCAUAUCAGUUUAAAAGUUCUGGGAAACAGGACAACCUACACCUUCCCUGGAUUACAUAUCACACACAGAAGGACCGUAGGGGAUCUGUUUAGCCUUUUCCAGGUUAAACAAAGCGAUGCAGACCAGGUGGACCUGUGGCUGACUAACCCCUUCCACCUGCCAUUAACUGUGAAGAAUGCCAGCCUCUCACAGACGCUGCAGGGAGUGAUGAAGGUGAUGAACUUCAGCGGUCCGGUCAUAGUUCCCCAGGGCUGCUGGCAUGUCCUGUCCCUCCAGCUGCUCAGCAGGACCCUGCCCAUGAACCACAUGUUCACCCUGAGUCUGGACACCAAACUGGGCACCACCCUGCAAAUUCCCCUCUACUUUCACUCUUCUCCUUCCAAGCAGGGGGAAGUGAUGUUUGAGGCUGAACGAGAGUGUGCACGACCUUGCCCACUUAGAUUAUCUGAAACAGGUCGUUCAGAGUGGCAGCGCACUCUCCUCCCAGACUUUUUCCCUUCAUCUUGGGCCAUAGACAGCAAACUGGCUGCUGAGCUCUGCUCUGGAUGGCAGAACCACAAAGACAAACUUCCUUGCAGAUGGCCCAGACUCCCUGUGGAAACAUCCUCACCUUUGGACUUCGGAGCUACACCUGUCAAUGAGAGCAGGGUGAAGACCUUUAUGGUGAAGAAUCCUUCUUCUUCGGUUGUUUCUGUAGAGAUUCGCAUCCUCUCCCUGUACCCGGCCCCCCUGGAGGCUCUGGACCUGCUAACCAAAUGGUUUAAUAUCAGCCCCCUCUCUGUCAAUGUCAGUACCACAGAGUUCUCUCUGUUGGCCACUCCUCCCAAGGUUGGUGAGAGUGUGGAGGAGAUGACAGGAGAGGGUGUCCUGCGUCUUUUACUGCAACCCUGGGAGGCCAGAGAGGUUGCUGUUGUCUUUACUCCCUCUGAGCACAAACCGACCACUACCAUUCUCAUCAUCAGGAACAACCUGACAGUGUUUGACAUGGUGACAGUCCAGGGCCAUGGGGCCAAAGAGCUGCUCAGAGUCGGAGGCAAACUACCCGGCCCAGGAGCUUCUCUGCGCUUCAACGUUCCUCAGUCAACUCUAAUGGAGUGCCGAGAUGGCCUGCGCACCAACAAGCCACUUUUCGCCAUCAGAAAGAGUUUCAAGGUGGAGAAUGCAGGAGAGCUGCCGCUUACUGUCAUGUCAAUGAAUAUAAAUGGAUAUAAGUGUCAGGGGUAUGGCUUCGAGGUGCUCCAGUGUCGCUCCUUCAGCCUGGACCACAACACCUCCUCUGAGAUCACCAUCGCGUUCACCCCAGACUUCACCUCAUCCUGGGUCAUCCGUGACCUCAUCCUGGUGACAUCACGCGGCACCUUGUUCCCUUUCACCCUCAAUGUGACGCUGCCCCACCACAUGUUGCCUCUCUGCGCCCAGGUGGUUCCUGGCCCCAGCUGGGAGGAAACCUUCUGGGUGGUCACACUCAUCUUCACAUGCUUUUCCCUGUUUGGUGUGUGUCUGAUGGCCUUUCAUCAGGCCCAGUACAUCCUGAAUGAGUUCUCCAUGCCCAGCAUCAGGAGCAACCACAACUCUGUGCUGUCUCGGGACAAUGGCCCCGCCAACAAUAUCACACCCAACGGAGUAAAUAAAACGAAGGGCAGUUGUAAGAGCUAUGUGGACACCUGUCAUACCUCUGACAAAGGUAAGGGGCGAGGCUCUCCAGCCUUGGCCAACAGCCCCGCCCCACGUCCUCAAUCCUCAAAGAAGGGCUCUUCAACCACCCCAACCCAACAACAAAAGAAACACAAGGUUUCACUCUAUUACACCAAAUACAAGUCCAGCUCCUCCACAGCAGCGACAGGCAAUGUGACAAUGGAAGAAGAGCAUGAAGACCUGAUACCUGACCCUCCCCUGACCCCAGACCCUGAUUUCUGCAACAACAAUGAGCCAGCGUUCAUCAGUGAGCUGGAUCAAAAGACACCAGAAGACUUUAAAGAAGACACCCACAGCACUAUAGAAGAUAUGGUGCCAGCAGCAGUUAUGUUUCCCAUGGAAAUACCUGCUGGUUUCCCAAAUAAUGUCACAUUGUGCCCAGGACCUAGACCUGGCCUGCUGGUGUGCAGUCCUAUAGAGAAGGCCCACACUGAGCACUAUGCAGAGAAGAUCAACUCUGAGAAAAGGGACAGUUCUGAACUGGAGCUAAGAGAAGAUGGCAAAGGCCAGAAAAAGAAAGUACAAAGUGCAGAGAUUGGCACAGUACCAGGAAAUAAUAAGGGAAAGAGGAGUCGGAGGAAGAUGGAGAAUGUCACAAGUGCCCCUGAGCACAGUGUGCUAGUGAUGCCAGAGAGGGAGAAAGAACCUGAUUGGAAAACAGGGGAGCGUAUCAUCAGCGGAUCCCGCAACAGGAACCGCUGCUGCAACGCCUCCAAGUCAGAAGCACCAAAGCCUGCACUAACUGCCGAGAGCCCCCUCAAACAGAAUGGUGUGUGUCCUGCCCGCACUCGACGAAAGUGUGCUACUGAGCGGCGUGGCGGCGGAGUGUGUGAGUCCGGCUCAGACUCUGGCAGCUCUUCAGGUAGUGUGAGGGCCAGCCGAGGAAGCUGGGGCAGCUGGAGCAGUGCCAGUAGCAUAGAGGGAGACAAGGACGGCAGUGCCCGGACACACGCCUGCACUACCUCAUCUAGAAAAAGGGACUCCAUGCAGUACGGUGUCUACCCAGUAGAGAGAGACUGCUACCAGACCAUGAAUGCAAACUACAAGGCUCUCAGCAUGAACAGCUUGUAUCGUAAAGACAUGUGCCAAAGCCCCGACCCCGCAGUGUCCAACUUCACCCCCAGUUUUGCUGCGGUUACUGCAGGAGUGGACAGGACCACAGACCUGACAGGUCAGUAUGUGCCUGAAGAGACGUGGUCAGCUCCAUCCAUCCCCCUCACCAAUGAGUUCAGAUACAACACCACCGAAGCUCUGCCCUACAUACCUCAGCAAGCAACCACCGGGUCAUACAAUGGGUUUACCUGGAGAAGUGCCAACAGCCAUUGCAACAGUCCAUACACCUACAGUCAGGAAGGCAACUACAUAGGUAAUGGAACGUUCCCGAGCGGUUUUCCGAGUCAGGAGAGCCAGAAUGUACACAGCAAUCAGACCAGCUGGAGCGAGGAACAGCCUCAGGAAUCGCCUUCAUCCUGGGACACAGCAGCCUGUGUGGGCAGUAAGCCAUACUUCUCGGGCACCCGCAGCCUCUCUCCCAUGUCCAGUCUGUUUGGAUCCAUCUGGACGCCGCAGAGCGAGCCCUACCAGAGCCACUUCCAGCCUGAGCGAUCAGCCCCGAUAUCCCCCGUGUCCCCCAUCACCCCUCCUCAUUCUCCCUUCAGCCGGGAGCCAGAGGGGAUCUGCGCACCGACCCAGUACUCGAGCUUCAACCCCUUCGGCCCCCACAUGAACCUGGACAUAUGGAACUCUUCUUCCAACCGCAGCUCCAACUCGCAGCUCUCUAACGACUCCGGCUACUGUGGAGAUGUUUAAAAAUAAAAAAAUUUAAAAAAACAAAGAAGCGGCAGACCUUAACAAUAAUUGCAAACAUAUAAAAACAUUGAUAUCUAAAAGAAAGGAAAUAAAAAUGAAUGUUCUUUUAUCAUUAAUGGGGAAAAUGUGAAUAUUCCUUUUCUUUUAUGUUCUCAUUUUCAAAUGUUAAAUGUUGUGAAAGGUUAAGCAUUUGUUGUAUAUUUUUCUAGAUGUUUUGCAGUUUUGAUCAUAGAAAAUUAAAAAAAAAAGGUUUUGUA